AUGGUGCGCUUCCAAAAUCGCAUGGCAAAUCUCUUCCCAGCACUUGUCGUGCUCGAAUCUAUUUCCCUUACCGUCCAGCUGGAUCUCCGGAAGCAUCCCGUCCGGCACGUGCGCGUCUUGUCUUCGGAGAACCCUUUGCGGUAUUUAGGAUUGGCUCCGCAAGGGGUGAAAGUCAUCUGGAGGUGGAUUGCGGUGUCGGGCUUACCGGACGGGCCCACAACUGUUAUCCACUCGUCGAUUAGGUCGCCGGACGCGAUUUUCUUCGCCGGCAUUGCCGCCACGCCGAUUAGGUCGGCUCCGAACAUGUCGUUAUCUUUCACCUCCAAUUCCACCUAA